AUGAGUAUAGAUUCAAGUCCGGGCUUGACAGAGCCUACGCCUGUGCCUAUUGAAUCGGGUGGCGAUACUUCUGCCACCAAACCAAUGCAAGAGAAAGAAGAAGAGAAGCAAGAGAAUCAACAAUCCACACUAUUACCAACAUCAAUUCUCUCAUCUCUAUGCGCCCCGUUCAGCAACCUUUUAUCCGGCCCAACAUCAACAUCAGCCAAGGAAUCGUCUCCGCAAAAUUCAGAAUCGGCAAAUGAUACCCCCACUCUUAAAGAAGCCAGAGCCAAAGACGAGGAAGAGGAUAAAGAACCAGAACCAUAUUACAAACCUAAUGAAGUCCCGACCUUCAAAGCACUUCAAAAGAAACGACUAUCAGGUACUCGGACGAAACAGCUUCUUCGAGCUGCAGGUCGUGCCUAUAAUGAUCCCCCACCACCACCGGAGUUGGGAACAUGUUGUGGUAGUUCGUGUGACCCAUGUGUUAAUGAUUUAUGGCGAGAGGAGAGGAAUGUCUGGAGGGAACGAUGGGGAGAUAGGAGAGUUGAGGGUGAAUAUGCGGAGGGGAGGAAGGAAUUGGAGUGGUAA